CACGGAGAGCUGUGCUCCACACGCAGCACUAUGCACUGUAUCCUCAUCAUUCACGGCCUCAGCUCUGUACCUGUUUUUAUUGUACUCUUAAUCUUCUUUGCAUCAGCUCCUCUCCGCUUUUACACACAACACAGAAUAUGUUCAGCUCUGCUUUUCAUCUCGCAGACUUGGCUGAUUUAUCUGAUGUCAGCUAUGAAACAGCUUUACUUCUUGAUUAUGUGUAUUAUUAUUGUAUUCUCCUAUAUUAAGAUAAUGAAAGUGGCCAAAGCUGCAUCAGGAGAAAAUAAAAAGUCAACAUGGAAAGGGCUCAGAACAGUAAUUCUUCAUGCUUUCCAGCUGCUGCUCUGUCUCAUCCAGCUGUGGUGCCCAUUCAUAGAUGCUGCUGUACUUCAGAUUGAUUUUAGGUUAUAUAUUUAUGUCAGGUACUUUAAUUACAUUAUAUUUUACCUUACUCCAAGAUGUCUGAGUCCUCUAAUUUAUGGCCUCAGGGAUGAAAAGUUUUUUCUUGCACUGAAGUACUAUGUUUUCUGUGGCUUUGACAAGAGCAAUUCUUUUCAUUUGACAAAUUAG